AUCAUGAUAGAAAAAUAGACGAGAGUACGAGGAUCGAGUAAUGGUGCAUACAGCACUGAUGAAGGCAUCGCUCGGAGCGCGCUGGCGUUCGACGGAGUCUGCAAUAAACAAACUCCAAGUGAUCUCCAGGUAAAAAAGCGUAUACGUCCGACUCUCUCUCGCUGCAACUACGAUCGCGAGGAGUCGCGCUGUCAACAGUCGAGCGGCAUCAGAGGGUGAGCUAGAAUCGUGCGAACAUCGCGGAAACAGCCGUCGAAGGAACGCCGCGGAGAUGGGCAGCACGGACAAGGCCGUGAUCACGGGGUUCAUAUGCAGACUCUGCAGUAAGAUGAACCGCUUCGUGAUCCACAUCUACGGGGAAGAGGGCGAGAGAAUGAAACUCGCCGAGAAGAUAAACACCUAUCUGCCGAUUACGGUAAACAUGAACGAUCCGCUACCAAAGACUGCAUGUUUACAUUGCAUCGAACGAUUAGAGGCGCAUCAUGAGUUAAUGGAACAAAUCAUGUACACCAGGCGGAGAUUAAACACCGAUAAUAAGGCGACCGCAGUAGCAUCCUCUUCCGCGACAACCGUAGACACAGCUCCAACAUCUAGCCCACCUCCUUGUUGACAUGUGCAAUGGAACAUAGUAUAUCCUUUCGCUCAAAGCGCCAUUCACCAAGCUCGAAUGAUUCCCAUAUAAUUUUUCAUUUCAUUUUAACUGAUUAUAAGUGAAACGUGUAAAGGAAAGGACAGAGGUUGGAGUAAAAUGUAACAUUACAUUUUUCUACAUAAACACGGUAUUUUCACGUUACAUUACUCGUUUCAAACAAGUAUUCAUUAACGGUAUUAAAGGAAAUUAUUCAAUGCCAAUGUCCACUACUAUUUUCUGAGGGAACAAAAUAUCUCAAAAAUAUAGAAAAUAAUCAAACGA